UGCUAAUCUCUUAUGUAUUUUGAUGGAAUUUUAAUAAAUGCAUGUUCUAUGUUGGAAUAGAAAUGUAUAAAAGGUCACAUUGAGAUGAGAAAGCCAUCAGUUGCUCGACAAGCAGUCAACGAAUCAAAUCCAAAAAUGAAAUCGAUCAUCUUUGUAGCCGUUGCCCUCCUGGCUGUUGCCGCAGCUGCUCCCGUCGAGAAGGAGCCCCCAAAAAUCCUUUCCUACUUCUUUGACCAAAAACCAGAAGGCUACAUUUUCAAAUUCGAAACUGAUGAUGGUACCAAGCGUGAAGAGACCGGUGUUGUGAGGGAAGCUUUGGAUGAAGACAACAAAUUGCAAAAGGUCGUCGUAGUAAGUGGAAGCUACACCUUCCGCAACAAAGACGGCGAGCUUGACACCAUCAACUACUUUGCUGAUGAGUCUGGUUACCACGCCGAUGGAAAGUCUAUCCCCAAAGUUCCCGCCAGGAGAUAAAAUACCAACUCACCUAUAAACGAUCGACUGAUAAUUUAAAACGAAUGCCUUAGGACUCUGUAACAUAAUUGAUUAGAUUUAAU